AUGGGAGAGCAUCCGCUCCAUGCACAGGCGAAAGCCACCACCACGGCAUCCACACUCGUCUUCGCUUUGGCACUCGUUUCUGUCUGUUUACGCUUCUAUACGCGGCGGAUGAUCAAGGCAGGCUGGGCUGCUGAUGACUGGUGGAUAUUGGUGGGCCUAUUCCUUACGCUCUCAGCAGCUAGUAUCUUGCUAUACGGAGUCCGAGAGGACCCAAGUGGUGGUGAGGGUAUCAACCGCGACGAUCCGGAUUUCAAUUAUCAUCUACACGUAACCUACCUUAAAACCUCAUUCACAGCAGCUACCCUGUACUUCUCUGUCGUCACGUCUAUCAAGAUUUCCAUCUUGUGUAUGUAUCGUCGGAUCUUUCCCGUCGAUGGGUUCUUUAUCCAGUCCCAGAUAAUGGGCGCCCUAAUCCUCGUCUGGUGGCUUGUCGGCUCGGUCUUGACGACCGUCUCCUGCCUCCCAUGGAGACGAUUCUGGGAGGGCCCGUCCGCAGGCGGAUACUGCUUCAAUUUCAACAUCUACUGGAUGUCCAUGGGUGCCGUAGAGCUCGUAAUCGACACGCUGCUCCUGAUCCUGCCGGUGCGAAUGGUUCUCGUCCUGCAGCUCUCACGUCAACAAAAGAUCUUGGUAGUGGGUAUCUUCACGCUCGGAAGUUUCGUCAUUGUGACGGGUCUCGUGCGAGUCAUUCUGGGAUACAAUCCAGGGAGCCAGAAUGUCGCCUUCCCGCGAGCGGAACUCUGGUCUGCGGUCCACAUUGGAACGGCGAUUAUCUGUGCCUGUCUGCCUACCCUGCGCCCGCUGAUCAAGCGUGCGAGUACAACUGCUUCAUCUUUACGGCGCAAUUACGGGUCCCCGUCUAACUCGAGGGGGCACAACACCCCUGGAGAGUCGAGUGGAUCCAGGACUGCGUCGAAUAAUAGAGGACCGCCACAAGUUCUGGCACUGAAGAAUGUGAAGAGUGGUAGGCAGAACGAUACCGUGUUACUGACGAGAGGGAGCAGUGAUCUGGUGAGGCUUCCAGAUUUUGAGUCGAGAGACAGUGUUAGGGAGGUGCGGAGGGGACCCGCGAUGGGGAAUGUGGAGUUGGUGUAG